UUGCACAUGCUGAUCUCACCUUUCGUUGGAUUUUCUUUGUUGUUUUUUUUUCAUGUUGAGUGUGUUCCCCAAAGUUAUAAGCACCAUUCUACCUCUCUAACUCCUCAUUUAUCUCCUUCAAUCCAUCAAUCCUCCAUGGCUUUCUCCAAUUUUCUCUCCUUCUUUUUAACUCUCUACUUGUUUAUGCCAACACCCAUUUCCUCUUCUCUUUUUUUAAGCUCAGAAGACUUGUCUAAAAUCCCUGUCAAAUUCCUCGACUUUGCCAAGAAACCUGAGAUUUUUGACUGGAUGGUGAACAUUAGAAGGAAACUUCAUGAGAAUCCUGAACUUGGUUUUGAGGAAUUUGAGACUAGUAAACUUAUAAGAGCUGAGCUUGAUGAGAUGGGCAUCCCUUAUAAAUACCCAAUUGCUGUUACUGGUAUUGUUGGUUAUAUUGGGAGUGGUGAGCCGCCUUUUGUUGCAAUCAGAGCUGAUAUGGAUGCUCUAGCUAUUGAGGAAGCUGUAGAGUGGGAGCACAAGAGUAAAGUUCCUGGUAAGAUGCAUGCUUGUGGGCAUGAUGCUCAUGUUGCUAUGCUUCUUGGUGCUGCAAAGAUGCUUCAAGAGCUUCGCCGCGAAUUGAAGGGAACAGUCGUGCUAAUUUUCCAACCAGCCGAGGAGGGAUUUGGUGGCGCAAAGCAAAUGUUAGAUGCUGGAGUGCUAGAGAACGUUGACGCCAUCUUUGGGCUUCAUGUCUCUUCAAAAUUCCCGAUUGGCACAGUAGCCUCCAGGUCUGGCCCUAUUAUGGCUGGAAGUGGUUUCUUUGAGGCAAUAAUCAGUGGAAAAGGGGGGCAUGCUGCCAUUCCUCAGCACACGAUAGACCCAAUCUUAGCAGCUUCUAACGUGAUUGUUAGUUUACAACAUCUAAUUUCACGUGAAACUGAUCCCUUGGAUGCAAAGGUUGUAACAGUUGCAAAGUUCCAAGGAGGUGGUGCCUUCAAUGUUAUUCCUGAUUCUGUUACAAUUGGUGGUACGUACAGGGCAUUUACAAAAGAAAGCUUCGUUCAACUUAAGGAAAGAAUUGAAGAGGUUAUCAUGAAACAAGCUAGUGUGCAGAGGUGCAAUGCAACAGUCAACUUUAAUGCAAAUAAUAUGACCAGUUACCCAGUGACGGUAAAUAACAAAGAGUUGCAUGAGUACUUCCUAAGUGUUGCCAGAGACAUGCUGGGUCUUCACAACAUCAAAGAAAAGCAACCAGGGAUGGGUGCGGAAGACUUUUCAUUUUUUGCCGAGGCAGUUCCAGGAUACUUCUUCUACAUUGGUAUGGAUGACAAGAUGAAAGGGCAGUUUGAAACAGGACAUUCACCUUACUUCAGGAUCAACGAAGAUGCACUUCCGUAUGGUGCUGCCCUACAUGCAUCAUUGGCUUCAAGAUACCUCUUGGAAAAUCGACCCAAAUCUUCUUCACCAAAGGGAACCCUUCAUGACGAGUUGUAAGGAGCUCAUACAUUAUUGAUACGAGUCAAGUAUUUCACUUAUGCAAAGCACUACCACGAUAUUACAAGUAAUUUCAACCAAUCAACUUUAUGUUGAAUUCGCUUUAAAUAUGAUAAGUAUGAUCUAUUGAUGUAGUUGCAAUGAACUUAAUACGCUUGAUCCAGGUCUAUUCUCAGAUUUUGCUCAAAAA